UCUAUGGAGCUUCUUAGACAUCCAGGUCAUGGUUGUUCCACGGCUGCUUUUUUCUCAAGAGGCAACUGGACUUUAUCUGUUUUUCUUUUUGAAGAUGCUUUGCUUCUCAUCCAAGAAGCUUCUUUUUAAGUACCUGAGGCAGGACUAAAACUCACAGGCUCCCAAUGCAUGGGCCUUGUGCCUUAACCGCUGCACCAAGCUGCCAUCUGCUGGAACCAAGAGAAAAAAAUCCUAAAGUGCAACUCCUGCUAAUUACAUUGAUGCACCUUGCAUUGGAAAUUUACCUAGCAACAAUACAGAAGUGGUUUAUAAUUGCCGCCUUUUAGAAUGCUUAACUUCCAAGGCUAAGUUAAGUUACUGGGAGCUGCUCUAAAUGAAGUAAAUUGUUUCCUCUAGACUAAUUCCUAUAUGCAGCAUGAGUAUUUAUUUCAUUUUAUUUGGGAAGUGUAUAUUGCUGCCUACUUGCACAUGGCAACUCAAGGCAGUUUACAGGAAUAUAAAAACCUCAUAUAAAAAACAAUAAAAGAUUUCAGAAAUAGAGAAGUACAAAAAACAGUUGAAGAGAGAGAGGAAUAGUUUUCAAAUAGAAGAUUUUUAAGGGGUAUAAGGGUAGUUGUUUGGGAGAUCCUGAGCAGAAUUAGGAUGACCACAUGUGACAGAAAAAAAUCCCAAAGUACUUUAGAGAAUUCAGAUACUCGCUUUUAGUAUAACUAGCUUAGCAUAUGGCAUCUACACAAGUCUUGCAAUCACUGAUAGUAUAAUUAGUGAUUAAAUGUUAGUGCUUAAAUUAUUAGACUGCAAUUAGGUAAAGCCAGAUUCUGGCCUAGAGUCAGCCAAGAAAGUUCUUUUAGUAAAAUGGGGUAGUACAAAUAUAUAAGGUUUCAAAAGAAAAUAGAGAAAUAAAAAAAAGGCUAAAUGAGAGAAGAAUUGCCUCUCUCAGGCUACUUCAAGAGGGUUGCUGCUGUGAGAAUGAAAAAAGACAGGCCUCCAUGGAAACUGCCUUGACUGAGGAAAUAGUGGAAUCUAAAUCUAAUAAAAUAAUAAUUAGUAGCCGUGUUUGAAUAGUACCUGGUGCUGAAAACUUGAAUUGUUCUGACUUUUCACUAAGAAUCACUACCGAUCUCACAUUCUUGUCGUUUUUUUUAGGUUCAAUGGAACUGGAAUCUUUACAAAGUUACAUCUUAUAUGAGAGUCAGUUCCUGGAAGGGGGGGAAACAAUUCAACUCCUGCUGAUUUGAAUAUAUAAAGAAGCCCUGGAUAUAUAAAAAUUGCUGAUAAUGGAGACUUACUUUCACUUCCUUCAAAAAAUGUAUAAUGAUAUAAUUGCUGGUGCUUUGUUCGCCCAAGAUAGUUACAAUUGUGCAGCUCUUCUAAACCCAUCGGCUUUUUCAUCAGCAAAAAAUUGUGAAUUAUGUGCCUGUCAUUUUUUUUCUAAGUUGGAUGCUGAGAUCUCUUCCGGUCUAGACCCAAUAAACAAAGGACAUGAUAUUUCUAAAAACCUUAGCCAUCUGAAGUGCCAUGCACGGGAAAUUAUUCUGCUUCAGUUAACCUUGAUCGAGAUGGUGCUUGCCAAACUGCAGCUGCAAGGGGUGGCUACUGAAAUAAAAUCCAAAUACAUUGAGAUCCUGAGAAUCCUGGAAGAAUCGAAUAUUGUCUCUGAAUUGAUUCAUCUGUUACGUAGUUCAGAUAAACAGCUCUCUCACAUGGCUUCUAAAAAUUUGGCUUCCCUUGUGCAUUUCCAGCUAACAGAAGAGAAUUCAUUAAAUAGUGCCUGGCUUACUUUUUGUUUAGAGACUUUAUCAGGAUUUCCCAGUAAUACUUCAAUAGCGGAAUGCCUCUGGACUUUGGCCAAAAUAAUAAAAGAAAUUUUGAAUGAUGACAACACUUGCAAAGAAGGUAACCUGAAAAACCUUCUUACUCCACUUAACAACGUGCUGGAAAACUUCUACAGUUCCAUCCUUUCUUGUUAUUCAUCUGCUCACAAUGUUCCACUAUCUGCAAAAUCAACAAAUAACUUGAAUAGCUUUCUAGAUCUCUUUGAGCUGCUUGUAGCCUCCAGGAUUCAGGUGCCACUCAACCUCGGAUGCCAAAGGGUAUUGUUUUUGAACUGCUGCAAUAUCGGCUGCCUUGCCUCAUCUCCAGUUCGUGGUUUCAUCAAGAAAAAAUCGAUCGCGUUGCUUAAAAACUGCAUACUUCACAAAGCCGCUGAAGACCUGAUCAAGACAAAGGUGCUUCCUUCCUCUUCCCACGACCCUCAUUUGGACAAGGAUCGAUUAGCAUUGGCUGAUACCGUGCUACAUUUUGUGAAUUCUGAUUGGCUGGGCAGGUUGUGUGUUAGUGGAAACGCCCGCCAUUUUGAUGGUAGCCCAAUUGAACCUCAAGAACCUGCGAAGAGUAACUUGGAUGUAGUGAUCUUCAGAUCCUUAAGCUUGCUUCUGCUUAAAGCGUUAGAGACGAAGAUCCAGGAUUCUGCCUGCAAAAAAAGUGAAUCACAAGCUCAUUUGGAGAGAGUUAUGGAUCUACUCAUAACAGUCUUAAAAAGCCACCUGAAACCUUCUGCCAGUAUCUGCUUAUUUGAACACCCUUGCAUGUGGAUUUCACUGUUUAUAGAACAAGAUGAUGAGAUGGUAGAAGCUGUAAAAUCAUUACUGGCAAUUUAUUUAAACUUGGAAAGGUUCUGCCAUGAUGCUAAUUUUACCCUCUGCCAUUUAGAUGAUGGAACCCAGGACAAUCGGACACACCAGAGUGGCUAUAAUCCCCACUGCAUCUUCUUAUGUCUGUUAGGGAGUGUUGCAUUUGAUGCCACGGUUCUUCUGGAUUUCUUGAUUUCAUCAGAAACCUGCUUCUUGGAAUACUUUGUACAAUAUUUAAAACUUCUUGUGGAAGAUUGGCCCCAAUUCAUCCAAGUUUCCAAAUGCUUUAAGUUCGCCGUUGGCAAAGAUCUCAGAUUUUGGGAAGAGAACUUGCCUUGCCGGCAGAAAGAGGUCCCCAACUCUGAUCUCACUGGGCAGAGCACUACGUAUGAUACACAGGCCUGUACAGAGGCCCUUUUGCCUUCCUCCCUGAAUUUGUCUACCCUCCAUCAAAGAGACAGUCAAGCCAUGCAGCCCAACAAGUCCGAUUUUGCAACAGCAUCUAGCGAAGCACAUUUAUCGGGGGCUUUUCAGAAGCUGGUUGAUUAUGAUAGCUCAGAAGAUUCUGAUGUGGAAUGCGUAAGAGAAGAAUGUUUGACAGACACAAGACAAGAAGCUUUGAACCAUCGAGCCUGUACAAAUAAAGCAGUUCUUGAUGAGAAUGCAAAUUCCUCCAAGCAAGAAGUGCUACCUUUCAUUGAGCAAGAUUUGAAUAUUUCAUCAGACUCCUGCAGCAAACUAUCCCCCAUAGAAUUUAAAUUAGCAGAUGAAACUUUCCAGAAAGCAACUGCAUGUUUCCAACAAUUGCAAAUGUCAGUUUCUAGGCUACAUGCAAAAAGUCUCUUCCCAUACAAUCCAAAUGCACUCUUGAAGCUCUUGAAUCAAGUUCAUAUAAUUAGUAAAGAUCACCCAGCUGCUUCAGACUAAUCAGAUUGUAAAGAAAUAUAGUUCUCCAAGUUAAACCCAUAUAUUCGUCAGCAUUUGAAAGGAGGUUCCAUAAACUUAAUAUGCACUGAAAUAUGUGGCCCCCGUUCUUUGGGAUUGAAGUAUAUGUUGUUUAUGAAUUGUCUGCUUGGUUACAAAACACUGUAGCUUCAAAUCCUUUGAUAUGUUUAACUCCAAAAGGAGGUUACAAUCUUGUCUGUGCCAUGUGUGAAUUUUCCCUGAAAGUUUUUUUUUAAGGCAGUAAAUUCUGAAUUUUAUUUUUGGCACCUUGCUCUGUCUGAGAUAAUUUUGAUAUGAAGGAUACAUGUCCUCAGAAAGAAUUAGUUGCUGCUUUUAAAAAGAGGAUAGGAUAGCUCUGUGUUCCCAUAUUGAGGAAAGGAGAGUGUGUCAUAAUUAAAUAAUUUAAAGUUUUAUGAAGUGGGAAAGCACGGCUAAAGGGGAAAAGAUUCAAUUUGUACAGUUUUUUCUUCAAAAAUGGGUCAUAAAAGCAUGCAGCCUCUUAUCAGCAUAUGCUCUAAUAUUAUACUGCUUAUGAUAUAAAUCAAACAACUUAAGAACAAGCGCUGGUGGUGCGGUGGGUAGGAUGCAGUUUUGCAAGCAAACUCUGCCCACUGCCAGGAGUUCGAUCCUGACUGGCUUAAGGUUGACUCAGCCUUCCCUCCUUCCGAGGUUGGUAAAAAUGAGGAGCCAGAUUGAAGUGGCUUGUUUCAGUUCUAAGAGCACUUUGUUCCACAAGGAUGCUUUUGCUGUAGAGAAAGCCAAAGCGGGCAUUUGCGUUACCAAAUAGUUGUUGGACCUGUCCAAGGUGCCUUAUUGAUGCAUAAAUGAGGGCAUGAGAUGGGAUGGACUGUAUGGGAGUCGAUGGUGCUGGCAGCAGCAUAAAUGCAUAUGAUUUCAUAUAAUGUGAAAGCUUGAAUGGUUUCAGUAAAGCUGUUUCAUAUUGAAGGUAAUGUAAGAUCUCUCCACUUUAUUUUAUGCUGCCAUAUUCUGGGCCAGCCAGUAUAUCUUUCUUUGAAUCCACAUCAUUCCUACUAAGUGCUUAGUUUCUUCCCGUACUGGACAAAUCCUUUUACUUUAAUGUUUUAAAUGUGUUGGUUCAAAUGUGUUAAUUCAACAUUCAAUUCAUAAUGUUGCCAUUUGUUUUGUUGUCUUAAAACUUAUGUAGAAUGGUUUCCUGGAAUUGGGUAUGUCUAGUUUAAUGAAAAGGAAGGAUUAGGAAUGACAUGAUAGCAGUGCUCCAAUAUCUAAGGGUCUGCCACAAA